AACAAUCAACAGCGGCAAACCGGCUUCGCUGGGGUACGGACGCGCCUACGUACCUCGCUCGCGCGCGCAAAUACACCGAGUAAAUAAAGGCUACUGGCGGGAAAAAUUGACAUUUUCCACUCAAAUUAGUGACUUAAUUCAAAAAUGACUUUUUUACACGACUUAUUGACUAGCUUUUUUACCAAUUAAUAGUUCAUUAAUUACAAAUAAGAGUAUGUGCUUGUAAUUAAUUACUUGAAAAAUACAAUAUACAGUGCAUUACGAAAAAAACUUAAAAGACCCACAGUGGUCCGAAAUUUGAAACUUGGAUUUAUCCCGGACAAAAGGGUUGGUGUGAAUAAAAAAGAAGGUGUGAAUGUGGUGUAAAGAAAUGAGGGAGUUUUUGUGACGUUUUUGAAGGAUACUGGACUUUGAAUAGAUACGAUUCAAGAUGUCCCGGCGCCAUAAACAAGAGUUUCAAAAAUGGCGGCGUAACUAGUAGUAAUGGCGACUCCCGCGCACGACCGCUACCUGCGGGAAGCCGAUAUCAGGCCCCAGCACUCCAGGGAGAGUUCCAGGGAUUCUGGAAUCUUCCACACUACUAAAGGACUUUGGAAUGGCCCCGGGCAGAACAACUGUUUUCUCAACAGCGCCGUUCAGGUGCUUUGGCAUCUGGACGUGUUUCGGCGCAGUUUCCGCGAGCUUACUGCGCACGCCUGCCUCGGACCUUCCUCGGCGUGCAUUUUUUGCGCACUCAAGGAGUUAUUUACUCAAUUGCAAUGGUCGGAAGACCGCGCGCCUGCAGCCGACGCGUUGCGACGCGCGUUGCACGGAGGAGGCGCGCGAUUCCAACUGGGCUGCAUGGGGGACGCCAGCGAGUGCUUCGAACACCUUCUCCUGAGGGUCCAUGCCCACGUGGCCGCGUCUACUGGCGACAGGCGUGAUGAUGACUGUCGCGCGCCUCACUGCGUGCCUCAUAGGAAAUUUGCUAUGAUGUUGGUGGAACAGUCUGUAUGCGGGUCGUGCAAAGCCACGUCUAAACCUCUGCCGUUUACUCAGAUGGUACAUUAUGUAUCUGCGACCGCGCUGACCACGCAAGCUGCGCUGGGACAACACGGCGACAGCUUUGGCUUGCUGCUGAAGCAGGCUGGCGGAAUGGGCGACAUCAGGGAAUGCCCGAACGCAUGCGGGGCCAAAAUCCAAAUCUGCCGGACGCUCAUGAACCGGCCCGAAGUCCUCUCCAUCGGUAUGGUGUGGGACUCCGAACGGCCGGCAGCCGAACACGUGGCGGCCGUGUACGCGGCGCUGGGUACGCAACUGCGACCCAACGACGCCUUCCACGCUUGCGUGCAGUGGUCUUGGGCCGCCCACGCCGACCACCGCCUCGUCGGCCUCGUCACAUACUACGGCAAACACUACUCCACCUUCUUCUACCACAGUAAACUGCACCUCUGGAUGUACUUCGACGACGCCGAUGUGAAGAAAAUUGGACCCGAGUGGUCGCAAGUCGUCGAGAAAUGCGUCAAGGGCAGAUUUCAACCUUUGCUUCUUCUAUACGCGGCGGUAGAUACCCCGCCGUGUGAUGCUCGGAGCAAAGAAGUGGUGCCUUUUGCCGGGCCGGAGCCGAGGCGAGCGGUGACGCCGGCGCCUGAUCGGCCGGCGAACGGGUUCGCCAGGCGCGCCGUCACGCCCGGGCCUGACAACGAAAACGACUACGUCAGUAGGAAAGCUAUCGAAAAUAUGCUCGAUUCAAAUCGACACACGCAGCUAGGAAGAAGUAUGAGCACAGGGUCGGCCUCGGACAGUUCGGGCCCUAGGGUCAGAAGAGAUUCUGGCAACUGGAGCGGAGACAGGAACAGCGCCUCGUCCACGACAUCAUCGAUGGAAAGUCCUCAUAUUUACACCCGGGGCCGAGGUCUUAACAUCCCUGGCAGUCCAACCAGGAAAGGUGAACUAUCAAGCGGUGGCUCCUGUGACGCGGGAUACGAUUCCAACUCACUAUCGUCUACGGACAGCUUGCCGCUCCAACAAGGUAUCCGCAACUUACAAAUGAUAGAUCUGAAGACGCGCAGCAAUAUUGAAGCAUUAUGUUUAGAAGCGGAUAUGUUGCUCGAAAAAUCGCGCAUUGCAGAAAACGCGGCAGAUUACGAAACAGCUGUAGUUUUGUGCAAUGCGGCUACAUUGAAAGCGCGAGCGGCGAUGGACGCCCCGUUCAACAGCCAGCACGCUAAAACCAUAGCUCGCAUGAAACAUAACACAUGUGCAAUGCGGGCCAGAAGUCUCCAGAGACUAAUGGCGGGAAAAAAUAGAAUGACUGAAGUAUCACAACCUACGCCCGUCAGAAAUACAAAAGGCGGACUAGAAAAUUCAACCAUCGAAAUAUAUGCUACGUUACCUAAAAAGAAAGGUUCCUCUAAGAAGCUGCAAAAAUCAUUGGAUGACAUUGACACCUCCCCGUGUGAGCGACCUCCGAGACACAAGUCCAGAGAAGAUGACAAAGUCAGAGAAAAACGAUCAAGGAGUGAGGACAGAAGUCGUGCGAGGAAAGAAAUGCCUCUGCCGGCUGAAAAGAAAGAGGAAUCUAAAGAAGAGGAUAAAAAAGCGAACAAAAAACAACAUAAGAUUCGGCGAAAACUUAUGGGUGGGUUGAUAAGGCGGAAAAAUCGAUCAAUGCCGGAUUUAACAGAAGGGGCAGAUAGUAAUGGCGAGCCCACCACUAAAGAUAAACGCAUCGUAUCCAUAGACGAUGGCGACGUUGGCAGGAAAACGAAUGAUGAUAAAAACCUGAGCGGAUACCUGUCUGAGGGCCAUUUGGAGUACUCGGCCGCCAGCGGGACCAACCCCAACCUCGAGAGAAGCAAGCUCAUGAGGAAGAGUAUAUACGGCAGUGCGGGGAAGAUGCUCACUGCGACUAAAGUGCCGCCCCCGCCGCCUCUGCGGACCACUUCACAACUUAGCGGGCCUAAGUUCGAAUCCGAAGUGAUGCAUAGCAUGCAGACCUCCCCGGCACAGCCGCACAACUCAAGAGAAAAUUUUAAUUAUUCCCACGACCCAGAAGAAGACGGCGGUUUUUCCGAACAAUACGGCGAUGAACCGCAAUCAUUGCCGUUCUUACCUUCUACUUACGAUGGGAAACCAAUGAAUCUCCACAAUCAAUCUAUUGAAUCACAACAAUCUCAAAAUUGUCACAUGGUCGUUACUAAAGCAAUGAUACAUCAGGAACAAAGUCCCGUGAAGAGAGAUAUGAUCCCGAACACCCUGGCUCCAAUGAACAGGAUUCAAAAUCUAAGUAAUAAUUUUGACAACGGGGUAGACGUAGUGGAUUGUGCGAUGCCAGUGCGCAGAUCUCCCCCUAUGUUUGAAUUACCGCCAUACCCAAGUCCCAUGAAUUCCGUCAACCAUUCGAGGCAACCCAGCGAGGAAUUCCCUCCUCCACCACCUCCGAUCGAUCUAACUCCACUUCAGGACGAAUUAAACCAUAUCCAAAAAGCCACGGAUUAUUAUUCUUAUCAUAACAACACUGAGCCAGUCAUGCCUCAAAGAUCAGUUAAUGACUUAUACUCCCAAUUACAAGAAAAACGUAAUCAGAUUUUAAACAACAACCACAAAAAAUCGUUAUAUAAUGAUGUGAAAACGACGCCAAAUGAUUGUAAUAAUACAUUAUUGCAAGAGCUACAAGCUAAACAGGCUGCGAUUAAAUUGAAGAGAUCUAACUCUUUGGAAGGACAACUGUCGAGUCCCGGCGAAAACUCGCAAGUUCCUGACAGCAUCGUCAACAGGCACAUGCACAAAUUUGAAAGCAUGGCGCAGAAUGCGUCUUCCGAUGGUGAAAGAUCUCAUCUGGAUUUUGCUGAUAUUAGAGAUAACAGAGACGUCAUAAACUGCUCUAACCAACCCAAUACGUUUAUGUACAACCGACGAACCUCGUCGUCCUCGAUAGACCCCAAACAGUUGCAAGAAGAUUAUGCUGAACAAAAAUCCCCAAACACCACCAAUAGUCCCGCGAUGUACGGGGAUCAUUUAAAACCUAAAAAGAAAUCGGUAUCGUUCUGUGAUCACGUCGUUAUAGUAUCAUCUAAGGCUGAAGAGGAAGAAGAUAGUAAUUACAUACCCAACCCUAUUUUAGAGCGAGUUUUGAAAUCAGCAUUGAACAAACGUCCGAUGACAACAAUGCCUUUACAGUCUGAGAAACCGUCUCUGCAUCGUCAGGACUCAUUCGACAGCCAAUCGUCGCGGUCGACUACAUUAUCUUCUACUACCAGCGCGGGGCUGCCUGAAGGCGGACAUGCCGACUACGUCAGAGCCCAGAACGGGUACCCUCCAUAUCAAAUGUCGACCCAAGCUCACGCUGUGCGCCAAUACAACGCUCAAAAAGCCACCAGUGUUUACGAUAGAAUCCCACCACCGCAAGCUUCUCACAAUCAAAAUAUUAAUUCAAAUCAAAUAUACCAGCAACUUCCCAGCGGAAGUCCUCAAAACACCAGCAACCCUAUACCCUACACUCAAUCGCCUGCGCCGACGGCUUACUCUCACAGCGCUAGCCCACCGAACUUUAGCCAAAAUCCAGUGAAUAGACUAAAUCCCGCGCACAACCAGCCCUUCCCACCCGCACCCAACAGCCUCCAGAGAACAGUUCCUAACACUUACUCGCACCCACCGAACCAGCUUCACCACGUGAACCAAAUACCGAGCAACAAUUAUCAGUCACCUAACAAUAACUAUAUUACAAAUCGUCCGUACCCUCAAAACAUGCCAAGCGCUUCGACGCCUUACCAAAGCGUACCCACCAAUUCGCCUGCUUACCAGAGCUACCACAGCCCACCGACAAGUUACGCUAGCUCCGAGUAUUCUAGUCGAUAUGCGAUGAACAGUACAAACCACUACAGCACGGCCCCGACCCCAUCGCCUUAUCAAAGAGUUCCCCCUCCUCACGGAGACCUUCCUGUUGAGAACUACAACAAUCCUUAUCAGAAAGUACCAAACCCUCAGUACCAUGAUAACAACUCAAACAGACCCCGUGAGCCUGACACAAGGCACUACGCAAAUUCUUAUCAGCAGCGACCAAAUUACAAUCAGCCUAUGAAUAUGGAGAACUCAGCUCGCAACGAAGUUCAGUAUCAGUAUGGCCAAAAUGGGUACAAUCCAUAUGAACACCUCCCGCCUCCAAAACAGAUACAACAAAAGAAGAGCGUGUCGUUCGAACCAGGCACCAAAGGCGGGACAGAGUCCCCAAUACCGUCACUAGUGAGCGACUCCUAUUAUAAUACAGACAGCCAGUCGACUACGGGACAGAAAACAUUGUGUAAUCUCUGUCGGAAGAAAUCCCUGAGCCCUCCAGCCCUAUAUUGUCCAGAUUGUGACUUCUAUAUGUCACGAUUCAAAAAUGUAGGCAAUACUACACCUUUUGUACAAAGAUAGAAAUAAGCAUAUUACUGUUAUAUAUAAGUAAAUUGUAAAUUCAUAUUUAUGUUAUAAAUUGACGCAAAUUGAUCUCAGAAAGUUUUGUACUUAUACAAUAAAAUAAUUUAGAAUUUCAUUUUCAUGGAUAAAUGUAUUAUGUCCCAUAUUCAAUUGAUUAGAUUUGUAAUUUGUAAAGUUUUAUGGAGUCUAUUCGAAACAUAAGUAUAAUUUUUAUAAACAGAAAUUUGUGGAAAUAAAUUUUUAUAUUUUUAUAAAA